UGUUGCUCGCCCCACCCAGCGGUCGUGCGUACGUGCGUCGUCUCUAUGGUGGCGGCGGAUUCGGAGGAGACUGGGGUACCGAACGCUUCUGGAGUCAGGCAAGACGACCUGGAAAUCCUGGAUGUUCCACCGGGAGCGCUCUAUCCCCCUUCGAGGCUCAGCGGCCGCCCUGUGCAACAACCUCAGUGUGCUGCAGCUGCCUGUCCGCAACCUCACACAUUUUGGAGUAGUACAUGGACCCAGCGCCCAGCUUCUCAGCGCUGCUCCUGAGGGUGUGCCCUUGGCCCAGCGCCAACUGCACGCGAAGCAGGGCGCUGGAGUGAGCCCCCCACUCAUCACCCAGGUCCACUGGUGUGUCCUCCCUUUCCGAGUGUUGCUGGUACUCACCUCACAUCGAGGAAUACAGAUGUACGAGUCUGACGGCUCUGUCAUGGUCUAUUGGCAUGCACUGGACUCUGGAGAUGCCUCUCCAGUGCAGGCUGUGUUUGCCCGAGGAAUUGCUGCCAGUGGCCACUUCAUCUGUGUGGGAACGUGGUCAGGCCGGGUACUAGUGUUUGACAUCCCAGCCAAGGGUCCCAACAUUGUACUGAGUGAGGAGCUGGCUGGGCACCAGACACCAGUCACAGACAUUGCCACGGAGCCUGCCCAGGGACAGGACUGCGUGGCUGACAUGGUGACAGCAGAUGACUCAGGCUUGCUGUGUGUCUGGCGGUCAGGGCCCGAAUUCAAAUUACUGACGCGAAUUCCAGGCUUUGGGGUCCCAUGCCUGUCUGUGCAGCUGUGGCAGGGGGCCAUAGCAGCAGGCUACGGGGAUGGGCAGGUGCGUCUGUAUGAAGCCAGUACAGGAGCUCUGCACGUCCAGAUCAACGCUCAUGCCCGGGCCAUCUGUGCCCUGGACCUGGCUCCUGAGGUGGGCAAGCUGCUCUCUGCAGCCGAGGACACCUUUGUACACAUCUGGAAGCUGAGCAGAAGCCCGGAGAGUGGCUACGUUGAGGUGGAACACUGUCACGGUGAGUGUGUCCCCGACACCCAGGUGUGUGGUGCCCGAUUCUGUGAUCCCUCCGGCAGCUCCUUUGCUGUGACUGGCUAUGACCUCGCCGAGAUCCUGAGAUUCAGCAGCAUGUGAGAGGAACUCAGCCCUCCUUCUUCCCUGUGCUAUUUAUAAAGUAACCCCCUCCACCCA